UGAAAUGGGGAAAUAGUCUUGAGCCGCAGCCAACGAGAUUGACGUAAUGGACGCGUCAAAUGAAUCUCCGCACACUUGAGCCUUCGGGAUGGACAAAUGUUCCCUUAUGGGACAAAAAUCACUUCAGUACCUUUGCCCAAACUCGCCGUCUUCGAUCAUCUUACCAGAAAUGAAAGGGCAGAGCUAAAGGAAAAACGCACAGCAAAACAAGUUUCCCCAUCUCAUGUGCAGAGGGGAGAGACCGCACUUUUCGGCCAUUCUUAACUGCUAAAGGACAACAUCUCACACCAAAGGCAAUGGAUCAUACAUAUGGAGAAGUAAACCAGCUUGGCGGGGUAUUUGUCAACGGACGACCACUUCCAAAUUCGAUUCGGAUCAGAAUCGUGGAAUUAGCUCAACUUGGAAUACGACCGUGUGACAUCAGUAGACAGCUUCGAGUCUCUCAUGGCUGUGUGAGCAAGAUACUUGCGAGAUACAACGAGACGGGUUCGAUACUGCCCGGUGCCAUAGGAGGAAGUAAACCCCGGGUCACAACACCCAACGUGGUGAAAAGCAUAAGGGAUUACAAACAAGGAGACCCUGGAAUAUUUGCUUGGGAGAUCAGGGACAGGCUUCUUGCAGAUGCAGUGUGUGAUAAGUAUAACGUUCCCUCCGUCAGCUCCAUAAGCCGUAUUUUACGCAACAAAAUAGGAAAUCUUUCCCAGCCGGGCCAGUAUGAGAACAGCAAGCCAAUCCAUCAUCAGCUCUCCUACAACCACAUGUACCCGUACUCAUACCCCAGCGCAAUGUCGCCCACUGGGACAAAAAUUGGCAGCGGUCCCGGUAUACCGGUCACGCCGGGCCAUGUCAGCCUCUCCCGCCAUGGUUGGCCUUCCGUGCACACAGUCAGCAACAUUUUGGGCAUCCGAGCCUUCAUGGACCCUGCAGCCAUCGCUGGAGCUGAGGGGUACCCAUCAAAAAUGGAGGAGUGGGCGAGCGUAAACAGAGCGACGUUUUCCUCAGCUCAUGGUGUCAACGGAAUAGAGAAAUCAUCCCUAGAGGCAGACAUCAAGUUUCCUCAGUCUUCUUCAAACCUAUCUAGUUAUGCUUGUGCCUACUCUCCCCCAAACCAAUACGGGGUGUAUGGUGGACCAGCAGGUAACUAUAUGACAACGGGACACCACUGGCAGUCUCAAAGCACAAGUCUUGCCCACCCCAACAGCGAAGCAACGAUGCAAGGUGGAGACCUCCACAUGGCGAUGUCCUUCAAACACUCAGCACGAGAAGGAGACAGAAAACCUCCCGGUCCCUUGAGCAAGCACCAGCACGAGGCGUUGAGCGUACACGGACUAUCUCUCCCGACCUCCGCUUCAUAACCCAACGAAACCAACGGACCGUCAAGAUCACAGGCAAUGUAGCCGAAAGAAAAUGCGUAAAAUUAAAAAAGAUUUCAAAAAAUGCAUAAUCCACUAGUAGAAUAAUCGAAUGUCGACAUGAAUGGUGGUGCAGUCUUGUUCACCUGCACCAAUGCAGCGGUGUUGGGUUGAUUAGGACAUCAUUAUUAUAUAUUUAAAAUUCCACUCAUUCAAAACUCAUCCCAAUCGAAAUUGUGUAACACGAAUUAUGUAGCCAGCCUACAAGUCUCGACAGUUCCAACGCAUUGUUUCUCACAACCGAUGAUAAUCCUGCAUGCUCUCUGGACCAUCUCUAUUUGUUUCGGCCUAUGUCCUAAAAGGGACAUUUAAAAAUGUUAACAAUAUCAUGUAGGCCUAUUUGUAAUUUUGUAAAUUAUAUCUGCAGAAGCUGUAUUAUAUAUUUUUAUAGCCUAACUGUGCUUAAUAAAGGCAUGCUAAACGGGAAA